AUGUCGGAGGCGCUUCGGGCCGUGCGUGAGGACCCGUCUUUGAAAGAGGCAUACUUCACGACGCCUCUGGCACUUCACACAGCCGGCAUGCCGAAUAAGUUUCGGAAGGGCAAUCAUAAAGGGAAGGAUAAGACACCAGGGCAAGAAAUACCGCCGCCGCCUGCGCCGCAUCAGAAUGGGCGUGGAACAGGGAAAGGCAAAGGCAAAAAGGGCAAGGGCCAGGUUGUCUUGGCUAACGGGAAACAGCUUGCUCUGGUGUCGGCGACGCCUGAUGGUCGCCAGUUGUGCUAUGCUUACAACCACCAAGGCUGCACCGAUCCGAAGUGCACCCGUGUUCAUGCAUGUCCAGUGGCCGGGUGUUUCGCCGAGCACCCAGCCUCGCAGCACGAAGAUUCGUCUAUGCAGAAGGUGACUUCUGCCAAUCAUUUUGUCGACCAGUGUUUGAAAGCAACAGUUUUCGCGGCCGAGGCUGGCAAUUUCUUUAUGUGGGAGGCGCCGGAACACUUGGGCCGCACUGCUGAUGGCCUCGUGCCGAGCUCCAUUUGGGCUUGGCCAGAAUUACUUGACUGCAUACCGCGUUUUGCUGCCACAACCUUUGUGCAUUACUUGUGUGAGUUCGGGGCGGACAUGGCUAAACCAACACGUUACUUGAGCAAUCUGCCCUUCUUUCGUCACUCGCCGCGGCCUUUCAAUGGGAUGCCGGUGUUGGAUGCUGAUCAGCGCUACGUCGGGCCGCUGCCCGCGUCGUGCCCUCAUGGGGGUCAUUCACCUAGCACCGGCAAAUCGCAGGCUACGCAAAAGUGGAACUUGCCGCGGGCCCACGGUUGGCCCCUUCAGCUGUGUCAAUUUAUGGUAGCAGCCAUCGACUUCUCGCUGCAAGCAGAUGGGGAGCCGCCUAGGGAGUCGACUACAGCUACACCGGGCAGUUCUUUCGCAACGGGUGCAUAUCGCAAGGGUGGCUUAGUCGGUUUGAGGCAUCAUUCCACUGUGCUGCCGAAGUCUACACAGGUUCUAACAAGGUACUUGCAGCAGGUGGCACCGGGCUUUCGAGCAUCAGCUAUUGCGAUCUUUGAUGAUGUCCGGACCGGGGUCCACCGUGAUGCCCGGAAUGCGCACUAUCCGAACACGGUAGUGCCGUUGUCGGAUUUUGAAGAUGGCCAAAUCUGGUUGGAACAGCAAGGAGGCGAUGUAUGGGAGACAACGCCAGAAGGGCGGAGACCUGGCGUCCUCUUGGAGGUGUGCAAGGGCCCUGUAAGCUUCGAUGCAUGGCGGUCAUACCAUGCUACGCGAUCGUGGAAGGGCCGUCGGGUGGUUAUGGUUGCAUACAUGACCGACAAGCUUGGCAAUGUCGAGGCCGCCGACCUCGCCCACCUUAAGGCCCUGGGGUUUAAGAUACCACUUGACUCGGAUGCAUCAAAUGGUGAGACUUCAGAGGUUCUGGAUACUGCCGAGGGCCUAAGCACAGGAGACACAGCACCACCAGUGCCAUUCAGACCAGAGGCAUGUGGGAACCGCGGCAACCCCAUUCGUGUUGAGUGGGAAGGACAAGAGGCUGACAUGACAGACGGGUUUGGGUUGUGUUCCCCGGCGCGGUGGAGGCCGAUGGACCGGGGACAUCGCCUGGGCCCAGCGGCUACUGCACAUGCGCAAUCCAUGUACCGGAUGCUUACGAACUUCAUUUCGGAGCAUGUUCCUGAUCCCCGUCGCUUCUGCUUGAGCCUACUUUCAGGUAAGGUCGAAUCAUCUCCAUUCGCCGGGGAGAAGUUGGAAGCUCUGCGUAAGCAGUGGGCAGAGGUACUUGGUGCAGAGAACAAUCCCGACGUGCUCGAGAUCCCAGAUGCGCAGCCCUUCUUGCUUAGGGCCUUGUCGCUUUCGGCUGAAAGGCUUGAGGACCCAGACUGGCAGAUUUUAACGGAGGGAGUCGACUGUGCUAUGCAGGAGAUUCCCUUGGCCGCAACUGCGGACGUGAGUGCUGCACAUAGGUUGGUCUUGCAUCGGAAGAGCGAUUGGGCCUUGAUGUCAUGCAGAGCAGAACAAGGGUUGUAUGGAAUCAUAGGCAGAGUGGUCACCCGUUGCCUACUGCAGCACGCCUUUUACCACUUCGCUUAUGUGGACGACGUGCGUCCCACAUUUUAUGGGAAGCGGAUGUUCAUCAACUUCUUGGUUUGGUUAAUCCUUCAAGAAUUGAUAGGGGUGCCUUUUGCUUACCAUAAGUUCAAGGGAAAGACGCUGGUCGCAUUCAUUGGCUACGAGCUUGACUACGGUGCCAGGCUUGUGGGCCUCAGCGAAGCCCGAGGCGCUUGGGUGUGCAACUGGGUCGAUGAGGCACGGAAAGCGCGUUUUGUCGUUUCAGUUAGAAAGUUUGCGGAGUUUCUUGGGAGGCUUGGUUUCGUGUCCAGGGUCGUGUACUGGAUCAAACCACACUUGGCCCCCUUGUAUGCUUGGUCAGCUGCAGCUUCGAAGAGCCACGUUGCAAAAAUGCCGGACACGGUCAUCUUGACUUUGCUUUACUUGGAGGCAACGCUUAAAGACAUCAACUUCAAAGUCGCACCGGGUCGACAACGGGAAGAGACAGGGCAUCUCUUUCACACGGACGCUAAAUGCGACGAUGGUUAUGUUGUCUUAGGAGGUUGGGACUCUAGCCAGGACCUUUCGGUUGCACCUUGGUUCUCUAUAGUGGUUAAGCCUGCGGAUGCCCCGUACCUUUUCGACGAAGAUGGAAAAUCACAAUGGGCGUCAGCCUCAGCCGAGCUGUUAGCUACAUUGGCCGCGUUAUGGAUCUUUGGACACCUUAAAGAGAGUAGUUCGCAGAGGCGACUCCCAGUUGCCAUUGCCGGGGCCACAGACAAUCAGAGCAACGAGAAGCUUCUUAGGAAACAAUCCACGACUAAGUGGCCGCUCAUGCUGAUCAACAUGCAGCUCUCUCACCUCUUAAGAAAAGCUUGUUUGAGACUCAGCUUGACUUGGAAACCUCGCGACGAAAACAAGCUGGCAGAUGCUCUGACGAAUCAGGAUUUUAUCUCUUUCAGUUCCGAACACCGCUUGGAUGUCAGUUUCAGUGAGCUACCACUUGAGCUCUUGAAUCAGUUGUGGUCGUCGAAGUCCGACUUCGAUGCGUCUCGCAAGGCGCUGCAGUCUGCAAGCAGUUUUCAGCCUCGUGUCCCGAAGAGGAAGCGCGAAGGCACGCCCUGGUGA